AUGAUGCGCCUCCUCACCGGCUCCAGCUCCCCGUCCUCCUCCUCCUCCUUCCGCUUCGAGCCGCGCUCCGUGGACGCCUUCGGCUCCACCGUCAUCGCCGAGGGCGUCUCGGCCGCCGGCGAGGACACCAAGGCGGCGUACUGGGUGCACGCGUGGACCGUGGGCUCCGAUGGGGUGAUCACCCAGCUCCGCGAGUACUUCAACACCGACCUCACCGUCACCCGCCUCGCCGCCGCCGCCGCGUCCAAGUGCGUCUGGCAGAGCCGCCGCCCCGACCGCGCCCGCAACUCCCUCCCCGGCCUCGUCCUCGCCCUCUAG